GGGAAAACCUUGACGCGGGGAGAAAGAAACAGCCCGUUCUACCAAAAAAAAAAAAAGAAAAAAGAAACAGGCCGCUUUAAACCCCAGCACACACAUUGUGCUUCUGCAACCUGAAGCUAUCGGUACAAUCUCGAUAUUCCGCCAAACAUGGCGUUGGUGGCCAUGCUUCUUCGCAGAGCCAGGUGCUCGACUGGUCUUCCUCCAGUGAUCCCCGCUCUUGGGGCCCCGAGAACCUUCCAGAGUGUCGUCCGCGCGAUCCUCUGUUCCGGAAAGCAGAGUCCAGCGCAAGGGAUCAAUAGCGCUGGUAGUGGUUUCCGUCGUCCAAUCCUUGGAUUCGCAACUGCUUCCGUCGCAGAACCAACCGCCGACGAGAAUCUGGUUCGGGAUUUCGUGACAGUACCAAGCGCCCAAGAGAAUCUGGUUCGGGCUCUCGAGAGCAGAAUCGACAGCGCCGGGUUGCCUAAGUUUCCCGGCGAAUUCCCGUUUGAUAUCAAAAGGUACCCGGAAAGACUAGUUCUAAAGAGAACGUUUCACGAGGAAAUCGUCAGAAUCGAAGUCAAUUUGUUGUAUGAAGUUGAAAUUGGGCGCAUCCCCAUGCUGGUCACCAUUACCAAAACCAGGAAUAGGCAGUGGUUGGAGUUUCGUCUCACGGCUUCCCCUCACGAGUUCACAAUAGAGAGCUUAUCAGUAAAAGAAUCUGAGCCACCAGCUUCGAAAGAAGAAUCUGAUUUCAGUGAGCUGGAUUGCAACACGCAGAAAGCUUUCUGCGACUAUUUGGAAGCUAAAGGGAUCAAACCCAACACACUUAACUUCUUGUUCCAAUGCGUGGCUAACAAGGACAAGAGAGAAUGCCCCAUAUGGUUGAACAAAGUCAAGAACUUUGUGGAGAAGUGAGACCAGUCAGCCUCUGGUGAAGCUGGGUAAAAGAAGAUACCACUUUUAAUCAAUUCGCAGCUACUUAGCAGUUCACAUCUCCAUUGUAUAAAUCUGAGAGGGGGACUUUCUUCUUCUUUAUUGUUUUUGGUUUUUUGGUACAGGUAAUUACAGUUUGCCAUGCUUAAAUAUGUUCUAAGUCAUUAGCACAUUUGGGGGGUUAAUUGCACCGGGUGUCACUUAACUCUUAUAAUUGUUGCACUUUCUUCUUCUUUAUUGUUUUUGGUUUUUUGGUACAGGUAAUUACAGUUUGCCAUGCUUAAAUAUGUUCCAA